UAUUAAAGUUUAUUUGAGGGAUUGGAUUUCACAUGAAGAAUUUAAACAAGAAAGUUUAAGUAAAUGUUUUGACAACAUUCCUAAUAAUACUAAAUCAUCAAUAAUUUACAAUGAAAUUUUAACCGAUUUACCUCUCACUAAUGGUUGGGAUUGUUACGAUUUUGCAAAAAGUAUAAAAUUAAAACCUGGUCAACCUCGUGAACAUAUAAUUUAUCAUGCUUAUUGGCGUGCUGAUUUACGACCUUUAGGUGAUAAACAAAUCGCUACAUUAAAAUCUUUCUUUGCUACUCAAGAUGCAAAUUUUUCUUCUUUGAUUCUUUGGACUAAUGGAAAUAUUUCGAACACUCCUUCUCUUAAACCAUUAUUUGAACGUUAUUCUAAUCGAUUCAUAAUUAGAAAUUAUGAUGUCGAAUUAGAAAGCAAAGGAACUCCAAUAGAAGGUUCACCAAACAUUAAACUUAAUGAUAAACAAGCUUACCUUGAUGGAGAUUUGAUUAGACUCCUUGUUUUAUAUAAAUAUGGUGGAAUGUGGUUUGAUAUGGAUUCUCUUUUAAUACGUGAUUUUUCUCCACUCAUGGAACAUGAAUGGCUUGGUCAAUGGGAUUGCUUUAUGCCAAGAGGUUAUCCUUUUAAUGGUGCUUUUAUGAGAUUUCGAAAGGAUUCUCCUUAUUUAUGUGAACUCCUUUCCGAAAUAGCUACUGGUCCAGUUCCUACUAAAUCUUCAAUUGAAUGGGGUGGAAGACUUUAUUAUAAAAUUUUUAGACGUUUAAUUCAAAAUGGAAAAAAACCAUUCGAUAUGAUUCCUUGGUGCUUUGUCGAUCCUCAAUUAUGUCAUCCAUAUAAUUCAAUGCCUAGUGCAUUUGAUGAAACUGAAUUUGAUGAAGAAAGAUUAUUACAGGUAUUUGCUUUUCAUUGGCAUAAUCAAUGGGAUAAGAAAAAAGGAAAUUUAUUUAGAUUUCUGGAGCAAAGAAAUAAUGAAAUUUUGGGAUUUUAA